AUAUUUCUCUCCCCCCUAUACUUACCAUUUGUGGAACUGCAUUUUUGGUCAGUGAGUAAGACACGGAGAGUAUUUCAAUUAACAACACCAAAUAAAAGCAGAAGCCGAGGCUGAACAAGAAGAAGCAGCUGAAGCUAAUAUUUUUACAAGUUUUCUUCUCAAAAAUCAGUUCUUUUUUUUUUUUUUUUCCCUCUCUGUUUUUGAGUCUUUUUUGAAGAGUUAAAAAGCAAGGAAGGAGAUAUGCCUAGACCAGGGCCAAGACCUUAUGAGUGCGUUAGAAGAGCUUGGCAUAGUGAUAGACACCAACCCAUCAGAGGUUCUCUUAUUAAAGAAAUUUUCAGGGUUGCGAACGAGAUUCAUAGCUCGUCCACUAAGCAGAACAAAGAGUGGCAAGAAAAGCUUCCCAUGGUUGUGCUCAAAGCAGAAGAAAUCAUGUACUCUAAAGCCAAUUCUGAGGCUGAGUACAUGGACCUUAAAACACUCUGGGAUCGAACAAAUGACGCCAUUAACACCAUCAUUCGACGCGACGAGAGCACCGAAACCGGCGAGUUUCUUCAGCCUUGCAUUGAAGCUGCUCUCAAUUUGGGGUGUACACCGAGAAGAAGCUCAAGAAGCCAAAGGAAUUGUCAUCCAAGAUGUUAUCUGAGCCCCAACACUCCUGAUGUGUCCCCAAGCAUGGCAGACAAUUCUGCUAAUGGUUCAACUUUUGUGAGACCCUCAAACCAUCUAAGCUCUGAUCCUAGAAGCCUAGUAGCGCAGAAUAACAUUUCGACCGCUAUAAAAUUCGAGAAUGUUCCUCCGUCAAACUAUGAAAAACUCCUAGCCAUGAGUAACUACGCGGCAACCAACUCGUUUUCUACAUACCCUCUGUGCUACCCAAAUUUCCCUCAGUUUGGACAACUCCAACCGGGAUGCGUUAAUUUGCCUCCUAAGCCGGUCUCUGAUGUUUUGGAGACCGCGAAAGGUGGCGCCGUGUUGAGUUCCGCUUGUCAUGAAGAUGCUUCUAAGAAGAACGUAGAACCAAGUAUUAGAGAAGUAGCUGAGAAAACAUGCAAAAUUGGUUGUGAUCUGUCUUUGCGGUUAGGCCCUCUUUCUGUUGCGGUCCCAAGUGUCGAAAACAAGCAAUCCCAAGAUGUCAAAGAGGUUAGUCCUCAAGGAGGGGGCAAGUUUUGUGAUGAGUUACCAAUAUUAGAUAAAGGGUUCCCUUUGUUCCCUAGAGGCAAUGCAUACGAGGCAUUAGGGUCAUACAACAGUAUAGAGGCGACAGUGAGAAAGAGGAAGGCGGUUUUUGAUCAACCGGUGACGGAGGAUCAGCAGUUUUGUUUGCCGGCGAAGCUUCCAUUUAGCCACCUGACACGCUUGUAGGUUGAAUCAGAGCUUCAGUAAGUUUGCUUCAACCUCUCGGUAAUGGAUUGGUUAAUGUGUAGCGCUGAAGUCCUUUUUUUUUUUGGGGGGGGCAAUUUUGUCGUGCUCUGGGGCUGUGUUAUGCACCCGUAGUUGCUAUGUAGUGAGGUGAGAUGUAAAUAUUAAAUCAAGGUGAAUUAGAUAGCUGAACGGAAGAACUAAUUGCAGAGCCUUUUGAUCAGCAAUGUACUGAAAAAAAAAAAAAAAAGGGUUGUUCCUAGCA